AUGGGGGACUGGAACCUGUUGGGCAGCAUCCUUGAAGAAGUGCACAUCCACUCCACCAUAGUCGGCAAAAUCUGGCUGACGAUCCUGUUCAUAUUCCGGAUGCUGGUGCUAGGAGUGGCUGCCGAAGAUGUCUGGGACGACGAGCAGUCCGAGUUCAUCUGCAACACAGAGCAACCCGGCUGCAGCAACAUCUGUUAUGACAAAGCCUUCCCCAUCUCUUUGAUCAGAUACUGGGUACUGCAGAUCGUGUUUGUGUCUUCUCCAUCGCUCGUUUACAUGGGCCACGCGCUCUACAGGUUAAGGGCUCUCGAGAAAGAGCGGCAGAAGAGGAAAGCCCGCCUGCGGGCUCAGCUGGAGGAUCUGGAGCCCUUGCCUGAGGAGCACAGGAGGGUGGAGAGGGAACUGCGUAAGCUGGAGGAGCAGAAGAAAGUGAACAAGGCACCCCUGAGAGGGUCCCUGCUGCGCACCUAUGUCCUGCAUAUCCUGACCCGCUCGGUGGUCGAAGUGGGCUUUAUGAUAGGUCAGUAUCUUUUAUACGGGUUUCACAUGCCCCCCCUGUACAAAUGCACUCGGCCCCCUUGCCCUAACACGGUGGAUUGUUUUGUGUCCCGACCCACAGAGAAGACCAUCUUCAUGGUUUUCAUGAACAGCAUCGCCGCCGUCUCCCUCUUCCUCAACAUCCUCGAAAUCGCCCACCUGGGCCUC